AUGUCAGUAUCAAUAAACAUUGCAACACCAGACGGUCAAAUAACUACACAAGAUUGGAAUACAUCUUCUCUCGUACUUCAUGAUUCUGUACAAACGGUUCAGGAUAACAAUGCCCAAUCGAUGUUGAUAAACCCUGAGGCAGCUACACAGUUUCUUAUCGAUCCUACUCUAAUGACGCAGCCACAACAACCUAUACAAGUUCAACAAGGGCAUUCUUACGGAACUCGGUUCGCAAAUCAAAUGCGACCUACCCCUGGAAUCCAACCUCGGCAAAGAAGACAAAGACCUAAAAAGGGUCAAGGAGAGACUGAUGAUGGACCUUACUGUAUAUGUCGUGGUCCAGCUUUCGGAGUCAUGGUUGAAUGUGAUUCGUGCAAUGAGUGGCAAGCGCAGGAAGUUGACAAAUACCAUUGCCCAAAAUGUCAAGUAGAAAAUCCUUCACUCAUUGGUUUAAUCAAAGAUGAUCGCCCAAUGGCAGAGGCUACGGGCAUUGAUCCAAAGGCAUUGUUAAUCGAAGAGCCAACAUCUAAUGAACCUCCAAAACCAGCAAAAUGUUUGUUUAAAGAUUGUUCAAAGCCUGCACGUGAAAAUAAUCCUUAUUGUGGUGAAAGCUGUUUAUUACGUGAUAAGAUCCUAGAGAUUAAAAUGACAAAGGGAUCAGAUUCAUCUUCAUCACCU